ACCCAGAUUGAAAAGCCCAGGUUUAUACGACACCGUAUCAAUCUUCAACCUAACCUAACAACCUCUUCUUCCUUCCUUGUCUCUGAAUCGUAUCGAAGCUGAGGAACUUCACAGAAUUUCUUUGCUCAGAUCAGACUUCAGAGUUCACACAUUGCCAGAAAUGAAGAAAGGGGUUCAUCCACAGAAGCAAUGGAUAUCGUAUGUCACACAAACGGGGAGAUUGAUGCAUGUGAUGAUGACAAAGAUACACCCUGUUGGUAAAGUCUACCACUUCCGAGCUAAGCGUCAAAUGGCUGAGAGUUUGGGACAGAUUGCCAAGUUCAGACGCCGUUUCGGGCUAGAAAACCCAGAAGCUGAUAAGAAAUAACUCUGUCCAGCGAGUAGAGGGAAGUUUGGUUUGUUGUUUCAUUCAAGUUUGUGGAAAAUAACAGUGAAAUAGUGAUACUCUGAAGCAGGGUUUUUUCUUUUUGUAGCAUUGGAUGUAUCUGGUUAAACUGAGGAAGUUUGUCCUUCUUCAACUCCUAGUUUGCUAUCAAGUGAUGAUUUCACCGGUUGAAUUUUGCUGGUGGAUUUUUUCAGUACAAGUUGAAGUAUUAAAUAUUACCCUUUUCCUUAAA